AUGUUCAAAAAAGACCUCCAAGGCGCUCCCAAGCAAAAGCUCAAAUCCUCCGCCCAGCGCGCGCUGCGCCAAAACCUCCUCGCCACGUACCCGCUCCUGACGCCCUACAUCGAAGAGAUCCUCCCCAAGAAGGGCUCCCUCGCGAGCAUGAAGCUGCCCGACCGAAACACCCUCUACGUGCUCGACUCCGUACCGCUCUUCUACCAGAAUGACGGGUCCGACCUGCUGCCGCACUUGAAGCUCGUGCACCGCUUCCCGCAGGCGUUUCCUAGCAUUCGGAUCGAUCGCGGAGCCAUUCGCUUUGUGCUUUCUGGAGCGACGCUGAUGGCGCCGGGUUUGACGUCCGCGGGCGGAAGAUUGCCCGUCGAUGGGGCCAAGCCGCUUGAGGAGGGGAAAGAGAUGGAGCAGAGCAUUGUGGAGGAUGGACGGUGGAGCAGGGAGCUGGCCAAGGGAGAGCCGGUGGUGAUUAUGGCGGAGGGCAAGGAGGAGGCGUGUGCGGUUGGCACGCUGGCUGCUGGGACGGAUGAGGUCAAGGCGAAGGGCAAGGGACCGGUGGUGGAGGAUGCGCAUUACUUGGGCGAUGGGCUGUGGAAUUUGAACACGGCGUGA